GUCAUAGAUUAGCGAAGCAGUGAACAGGGAAAUGUUACUAGCCAAUAAAGAUCAUUGCUGAGCACACUGUCUCCACUCCGAGAUUGAGCUUCUGUUGAUGUAAUGUGCGUGUCCUUGCCCCGAGGAUCAAUUAGUGCCGGUUCUACGACGUAAAAGCCCGGGGUACGUGUGCCUUCAAGUACCCCAGUGCUUCUUAAACACUUAGAUAUAUAUGAUCGUCUGAAAGCUGAAAGACAGCCAUUCACAAGAUGCCCAUCCGCACUUACAUCUUCAAAGUUGAUCUCCUCGAGUCCCGAGACCCAGAAAUCUCGAGGACCUUCUCUAUACCCGCAUCUUGGACUUUCCAAAAGCUUCACGCCGCAAUCCAGCACGUUUUCCUCUGGCAGAACGAGCAUCUCCACGUGUUUACGUUUCAAAUUCCAAUUGGAGGGGGCAUAAACAAAGUUGUAUCGAUACAAGAUACAGACAUGAUGGGGCGGGAUGAUGAAGAGGGUCCUAACGACAUCGUCCUGGAUGAAAAAACUGUCAAGCUCAAGGACAUAUGGGACGACAACGGGAGAUAUCACAGGGACGUCACUAACGACAGAACCCUGGGGGGUUGCUUCUAUGAAUAUGACUUUGGUGAUUCUUGGGAACAUGAAAUUACCCUACUGGCAGUCGGCACGUCCGAUGUGAAGGAAGUCUCAGUUCUUGAGGUAUCCGGUUGCGCACCCCUCGAGAACAGUCACGGGGUCCUAGGAUGGGAGGGUCUCAAAAGAGCCUUCGCAGAUCCAAACCCCAAUGACGUGUCUCUUGAAGCGAGGAGGUUAUCAUGGCUUGUUUCGCCUCUCGGUGGUGCAUUCCACCCCGCUAUAGCACCGACUAUAGAGCAGCUCAAUGCCCCUGGGCUAUUCGAUAAACGCUUCAGGCAGAUUCGCAAGGGCAUUGUAUGAUUUAUGGUAAGGCCUUGUUUCGAAGGCCUUUGCGCUCGUAUUGAGCUUCACGCUACGGCUUUUAUGUACAGUAUGCGGACGGAACUCACCAUCCACGUUAAUUUUAACGUACUUAAGCCCUGUAAAAUAGUCAGAGCAGCAGCAUACUUAUUUGCUGCUGCCAUGUAGUACUAGAAGGACAUCCCCGGCCCAUCCUAGUAGUAGUGGAUUCGCUAAUUCUAGGUCUUGAGAUCCGGAAGCUCGCAGUGCGAGCCUUUGUAUUCACAUAACGUAUCGGACUAUAUGGUAUGAUGGUCAGGGAGUGAAAGGCACUUGUGGCUGAGGGCUGAGAAUUGGUGGCUUGAACACUAGUACGUACAAGUACUGGCAGGGUCCACACAGGAUCCGACGCACCCCUGUAUGACCAGAUUAGGCAUCAUGAGUCAAUGUUGACUGGCCUAGCGUCUAUCAUUUCACGUCUACAUCGGGGCCCAAGUAACUUUCAG